UGCAUGGAUGGGAAUGGGGAGACCUGCCCGCAGGAGGAGCCCAGGGCAGCUGGAAAACUCCGGCCUCUUCCUCCGAGCUUUCCUGCUCCUUUUCCUCUGCCGGCAUGUAUCUUCCCAGUGCAAGAUCCUGCGCUGUAACUCGGAGUAUGUGGCAGCGACGCUUCACCUGCGCGGCCCGGACCGUGGCAGCGCGUUCUGCACCGCGCUGCGCUCCUAUUCCCUGUGCACCCGGCGCACCGCCCGCACCUGCCGCGGCGACCUGGCCUUCCACUCCGCUGUGCACGGCAUUGAGGACCUCAUGAUCCAGAACAACUGCUCCAAGGAAGGGCCCACGGCACCGCCACGGCCGCGGCCCCCCGCCCCGAACCCCCACGGCUUCGAGUCUCUCGACAUCUGCGAUUACGAGCGGAGUUUCCUCUACAAGCACGGCCGCCCUCCCGGUUUCCAGCACUGUGCUGCUUUUGGGGACCCCCACAUCCGCACCUUCCACGAUGAUUUCCACACGUGCCGGGUGGAGGGCUCCUGGCCGCUCCUGGACAACGACUACCUGUUUGUGCAAGCCACCAGCUCACCGGUGGCCAAGGGGUCCAACGCAACAGUCACCAGCAAGCUAACCAUCAUAUUCAAGAACAUGAAAGAAUGCAUUGACCAGAAAGUUUACCAGGCCGAGCUGGACAACGUCCCAGCAGCCUUCCAGGACGGUUCCGUGAACGGGGGCGUUCGUCCAGGUGGGAGCAGCCUGGUGAUCCGGGAGCUCAGCCCGGGCCGCCACGUAGAGAUCCGUGCCAGCUACAUCGGCACCACCAUCGCCGUGCGCCAAGCCGGCCGCCAGCUCUCCUUCUCCAUCCGCGCUGCCGAGGAGGUGGCCCGGGCUUUUUCGGAAGAGCAGGACCUGCAGUUGUGCGUGGGAGGUUGCCCCCACAGCCAGCGAAUGUCCCGCAGCCCCCGCGGGCGUGGCCGCGUCCCUGCGGACACGGCCCGAGCGCUGUGCCGGGAGAUGCUGCCCGUGGAGGAUGUUUAUUUCCAGUCGUGUGUCUUCGACGUGGUGACCUCGGGGGACAUCAACUUCACCAUGGCAGCUCACGGGGCGCUGGAGGAUGCCCGGCUCUUCCUGCCCGAUGCUGAGAAGCUUCACAUCUUCCAAGCUGGAGGGGGUUGCCCACUCAGCUCUCCAUCCUCUCUCCUCCUCCUCUUCCUCCUCUCCUGUGGACUUUGGGUUGUUUUGUUGCACUUUUAACCCUUGCCUGCUCCGUAGGGGGAACCCGUGAGAGCUGGUGGCUCCAAGCUGCAGCCAGGACAGGUUAGUCACCUUGAAGUAGGUGUCUCCACAGCCACAAGGAAUCAGAGACCCAGGAGAGGGAAGAGAUGAGCCCCUGGUUUGCCCGCACUGGUCUCACACGGAUGGUGCAGCUGCUCCAAGCCCCUCUCCUGAAGGCAGAUCCAUUUUCUUCUAUUCCAUUCUGACACGUUCCUUUUCCCCUAAGGAUGUGACAAGUGCAGUGCAUCAAAGAAAAAUAAACCCCAUGGGUUAGAAACCCCCUCUGUCCCUCAGAGCCUUUCCAGAACUCAUUUCCCAUCUUUCUCCCGGUGUUGAUCCAGCAGAAUUCCACUCGGGAACCCUACAGAUCCAGAAAUAAUGGACUCAAAGCCCAAAGCCCAAUUUUUAGCAGUAAAAAAAUGAUUUUCUAAAUGGAUUUGGGACCCUUCACUCAGCUGCUCCCAAAGCAGAGCAAGGUCAUAAAUUGUUUUGGGGAGCGUUGUGACCGAGAGGGAGACUUUUGAGAAGAAAUCAGCCGGUUUUGUCCAUGUGCUCCUCUUCCAGGAUAAAUAACAAAUGGAUCUCCAGCAGUGGGAGCUGUGGAGCUUGAGACCUCCUAUAUCCCAGGCCACUGUUGCUGUUUUUCCUUGUUUUCUUGGCACCUGCUGUGGACUCAAUUUAGCCGGCUCUCGACUUGGGACCGGUGUCAGCUUUCAGGGAGGACAAAACAGCCCUUGGGAAUUCUCUCCCUUGGGGUCAGGUUCUCUGUCACUGCACAAACCCAACCCAAAGUGGAGCUUUCACUUGGGAAACAGAAUUCCUGAUGGCAAAGAGCCAGCUGGGCACAGAGAUGGGCAGGGUAUUGCCCCGUGGAAGGUGCAGAACUGCAGAGGGGAGGGCAAAUUUCACACGUUUCAGAGGAUUUCAAUAAAGCAGAUGGAGUUCUACAGGAGAAAUCUUUUCCAUAGGGAAGACUUUUUAUUUAUUUAAGAAAGUAUUAAAAACUUGGC